ACGUAGUUUCAGUCGGGGAUCUUUAAUCCUCUGCCGCAGCAGCACAACCGGUAACCAGAGGAGGGGGUAGCACGGUCGGACAGGAAUGGACCGCACAGGCUAGGCUAGCCUAGGCUACUCCAAGGCCAGAACAGCUCGGUCUGUAAGAUAGAUGAUAAAACCACCGAGUAAAACAGAGAUUACGACUGGAACGAGCCGACUAUUUGCAUAGGCCGGACCCCCUCCUCUCUGUCUACAGCCUAUUCACAGACAUUUUCCUAUUAAAGAGACCUCACUUAGAAAAAAUAUAUCUUCAAACGCACGUAGUCGCUUCUGUUAAAAGCAGAUUUCGGCAUCUUUCAUCGGAUUUUACGCAUCGCCGUGCCGGGUUUCCAUUUGCGUCCCGGUUCGCCCUUCAGCAACGUCGCCGCGUCCCCGCUGUUCCUGUCAGCUGCUGCGCAUCAGCAAAACAUGCAGGAUGAGCCUGUGGGGGUGACAACCACGCAAAUACCCCCAACGACCGAGGAAAAGGACAGCAACGGCAGCAGCACGGUCAGCAAAACCGGGAAGCAACCGAACCAAACCGACAACGGCGACAGCCAGCUGAGCUCAGUCCCACCGGAUUACAACCGUCUGAACGAGAAGAUCGCUUUCCCCGAUUUCAACCGAGAGCAUUUUUGCCCGACGCAGUCUAUCCGUGACCUUCAGCACAGCCGACAAAUACAGCAGCAGUUAAGUCAGCAGACUGAUUUCAGCCCCACAGAGUCGCCCCCACCACCCCGGGGACGUUUCAGUCACCUGCUGCAGAGGCACCGCGCCGCUGACCCCUGCGGCUCUCCAGUGGAAGAGGCUGAAGCUGAUGCUGCGUCGCCAUCGCCCACUUCCGUAAAUCCAAGCAAGAUCCAAAUGGACUCCCCCAUCGCCCACCAUAUAAAUGGCAAUGGCAGCAGCAGCACCGGCAACAUGUUGUCCGGAGGUCUCAGCGCCGCUUUCCCGAACCUCCCCACCCAGGAGAUGCAGAGCGCCAGCGUAGGCUCGUCCUCACCUUCCCUCCCCGGGUUCGGCACCCCGUGGUCCGUCCAAACCAGCUCUUCUCCCCCUCCCGCACCCAACUCCAUCAACCCCAUCCACGCCAACGCCAUUAACCAGAUGCCUAACACUGACUCUGACAACGGCUUCUACCCAGGUAUCCCCUCCUCCAUCAACCCGGCCUUCUUCCAGAGUUUUUCGCCGGUGUCAGCUAAUCCGUGCGCCGGGAUUAAUGUGCAAGGCUUCAGCGGCCCUUUCUCGCCCCAGAUAAACGUCCCUCAGCAGGCGCAGAGUCGCAGGUCGCCGGUCAGUCCCCAGAUGCAUCCCCAGCAGGGUGCCUUCCUGCAGCAGAGGAACAACUACAACCAACAUCAGCCCAUGGUGAAGCCGUCUCCGUGGGGCGGUCACCAGGGGAAUGGUUGGGGCUCCGGGGGGAUGUCCUGGGGCAGGGACCACCGCAGAGGGAGUGGCAUGGGCGUACCUGGCUCAGUCAGCCACGUCUCACCCUUGAAGAAGCCCUUCUCGAGCAACGUCAUCGCUCCUCCCAAGUUCCCACGCUCCGGAGGAUCACUGGGGCCUAAAUCCUGGAUAGAGGAAAACAUGUUUCGCACAGACAGCAACAGCAACACUUUGUUGCCCCUGCAGGAACGCACCAGAAUGUACGACAGUCUGAACAUGCACUCCCUGGAGAGCUCCCUGAUCGACAUCAUGCGAGCUGAGCAGGAUCCAAUGAAAGGCCGAGUGGGAUGCCCUAACCCCGGGGCUGACGGCCUACUCAUGCUCAAUGCCAGGAGCUAUGGAAGACGUCGAGGCCGCUCCUCCCUCUUCCCUAUUGAUGACAAUCUCCUCGAUGAUGGCCACGGCAACCAGGGUGUCCCAGGAGUCCUCGGCUCUCCAAACUGUUACCCCCACCAGAACGGGGAACGCAUCGAGCGCUUCUCCCGUAAGGUGUUUGUGGGAGGUUUGCCCCCUGACAUAGAUGAAGAUGAAAUAACCUCAAGCUUCCGCCGCUUUGGUCACCUGGUGGUGGACUGGCCACACAAAGCAGAGAGCAAAUCCUACUUUCCACCUAAAGGAUACGCGUUCCUGCUGUUCCAGGAGGAGAGCUCAGUGCAGGCUCUGAUUGAAGCUUGCAUGGAGGAGGAUGGGAAGCUCUACCUCUGUGUCUCCAGCCCCACCAUCAAGGACAAACCUGUGCAAAUUCGACCUUGGAACCUGAGCGACAGCGAUUUUGUGAUGGAUGGAUCCCAGCCUCUCGAUCCCCGCAAGACUAUCUUUGUUGGUGGCGUCCCUCGCCCUCUGAGAGCGAUUGAGCUGGCUAUGAUUAUGGAUCGACUCUACGGCGGAGUCUGCUACGCGGGAAUCGACACCGACCCGGAGCUCAAGUACCCAAAGGGAGCGGGGCGGGUGGCCUUCUCCAAUCAGCAGAGUUACAUCGCUGCCAUCAGUGCGAGAUUCGUCCAGCUGCAGCACGGAGACAUUGACAAGCGGGUGGAGGUGAAGCCCUACGUCCUGGAUGAUCAGCUGUGCGACGAGUGUCAGGGUGCACGCUGUGGAGGGAAAUUUGCUCCCUUCUUCUGCGCCAACGUCACCUGUCUGCAGUACUACUGCGAAUUCUGCUGGGCCAACAUCCACUCCCGUGCCGGACGAGAGUUUCACAAGCCCCUGGUCAAAGAGGGAGCCGACCGCCCGCGCCAGAUUCACUUCCGCUGGAACUAGAGAUGCGACCACAGCCAUGGUGACACAGUCAGAGGGAAGGGGAAUGAAACACUGGCUAACAAACAGGAAAAAGAGCAUCGCUCUGCCUCUCCUGCUCUCCUAAGCUAUCAGUAUAAUCGAGUACGUAACACUAUACAGUAUAUACUAUAUAUAUCUAUAUAUCUUUUGUAGCAGCCAAACACCACAAGCCUCAGUUUUUCACCAAAACCCCCCUCACAUCUCAGGCUCUGACAACUCUACAACUCUUUUGUGGUACUUUCAUCUUUUUCUAAGAGGAGAUUUAAAAAGAGAUUGAUUUUUGUAGGUUUUUUUAUUAUUAUUAUUUUUGUAUGUGAGAUUUAAAGUAGAUACGGGAAUGUUUUUGCAUGGGGGCAGCUCGUCUGUCUGUUUUGUCUGCUGCUAAGCCACCCUUACAGUGCGUGUAGUGCACACUUGUUUCUGGGAAAACCUUGAUUCUCUUAACGUUGACGCCUGCCCCGGGUCAUUAACCAAAGGUAGCAAAAAAGAAAAGAUAGGAAGCAUAAAAAAAAAUUGACACAUUUUCUGCCGCAAAAAUCAAACGGUUGUUUUUUAAAUGUUACCAUGGGCUCUUUCUUCUUGUAAAAGGGUUUAUUAAAAAAAGAAAAUAGGGUUAAUUCAGCGCUCAUACUGACCCAUAGAGUGAUACCUCAAAUUACAAAAUCUGGUUCCUGCUAACUGUAUUCAACAUUUAUACCUAACAAGCUAUUUUAGAAGCUUUGCUGCUAUAUAUACAUAUAUACAUAUAUAUGAAUAAAUGUGUAGGUAUUAUAUUUAAUGCCAUUUAUAAACCAGAAUCAUGUAAAAUGAAAUGCAAUAUGCACUCAAACCACUAAUGGCCCCCCAUUGCCAUGGAAAGUGCAUGUUAUGACUUAGUUAACACAAAUAGCAUGCAGGAUAGAUGUGAGAGGAAAAAAACAAACCACUGAAAUCAUAAUUAAAGACAUAAAAGUCUCUAGUGAGUAGCAUGAUCAUCUAUUACAGAUGCCUAAGAGGGAAAAAAAAAUCAGACAAAGCUAAAUAAAUACUUAAAAAAAAAAAGCAUAUUUAAACUUGCAUGCAUCGAUGUUUAUCUGUCGUUUGACCCGUUUACAUACUUAACGAUACAAAAAGUGAUAUUGGUUCUACUGUAGUCUUAGUGGACGCCAUCAUUUUGUGACACGUGAUGGCUUGUAUGGCUAAAAAAAAAAAAGAAAAAAAAAGAGAAAAAUAUCCUGUCGAGAAGCAGAGUGGUGUUCAGUGGUUUGUGUUUGUGUCGUCCCCGUGCUGUGUGACCGUUCUUAGUGUAGACUGAGGCUCUAGUUUAGUUACCAACAGAUUACGUAGAGGAGAAUUCAGACAUCAAGAUGACUCCUGCCUUUCACCCCUUUCUCCUAUCCCGCAUCUUUGUGUGGCUCCAAAGGUUAAUCUGAUAGAGAGAGCAUCGCCCUCCCAGAUCGAAUGCAAACAAAAAAAGACUUGAUGGGCUUUGAUUGAACCGGGAGAAGCGAGGCCCUCGGCUGAAGGUCAUGUUAAUGAGCAUCCUCAGAAGGUUUUUGUAAUGAUGCUGCGCGGCUGCAGCUCUGUGAAUCCAGAGGAAACGACUCUGGCUCACGUCCUGAAAGUAUCUCCUCAGCGAGCUUUUACAGUGAGGACGAUGACACUUGGUCUCAUGGCGAUCUAAAGCUCUCCUCUCUUUGUUCGUAUUGUUUUGUCUGUUUGAUUUCCACCGUGACCCUUGAAUUACUCUUUAAAAAAAAAAGAAGUAAACAAAACAACAACAACAAAAAAAAACUAUUUACGGACAAUCUUUCUGUGAGGAUGGCGACCCUGCCGUCCGUUUGGUACUGUACAAGUGUGUCGCUCUCGUGUCGUCGUGGUUGUUGUGCUCCACGCCCCCCGGUGUGUGCUCCUCAGUAUCAAGUGUGUACUGUUACAAAACCUUAACGAAACUGAGACUUUAUUUACAUAUAGUUGAGUCCUAAAAUUGAAUUUGUUUGUGUCAACUACUUACCCAUCACUGGCCCUUCAGUAUGUUUUU